CAGCUUUGCACUUCUCCAGACCAAGAUGUCGCAGCCAAUUGAUAUCACUUUGACCAGAGCGCUGCCAAAGGUAGAGCUGCAUGCACAUCUGACUGGUAGUAUCAGUAGAGAAUGUCUACACCAAAUAUGGCUGCAGAAGAAAACGAAAGACCCUGCCUUUGAGAUGGACGAUCCUAUGACCGCUAUACCGAAAGCUGCAGAUGGUAGUAUCGAUGUUUUUAGCUUUUUCCCAAUUUUCGACAAGUAUAUUUACGCUCUGGUCUCGGAUGAAAAGAGUAUACGAUUUGCGACUACUGCUGUACUGCAAGACUUUCAGGACGAUGGAGUACGGUAUCUGGAACUCCGGACCACACCUCGAGCGAUUCCGGCUGUUGGUAUCAAUGAAGAGGAUUAUGUCGCUAUCGUCUUACAAGCCAUGAGCGAUUACGCUUUGUCAAACGAAAGACUGCAUGCAAAACUCAUACUUUCAAUCGACCGCAAGAAUACGCUUGGGGAGGCCUUCAAGGUCGUACAUCUGGCGCUCAAAUAUCGCCACCUCGGUAUCGUAGGCAUCGACCUCUGUGGCAAUCCGGCUCGCAGGCCCAUCUCGCAUCUGCAAGCUGCUUUCGCCGAAGCUCAUGCCCAGGGUCUACCUAUCACAUUGCACUUUGCAGAGAUCGCACAAACCGACUCCCACGAGCUGGAAGAAAUGCUAUCAUGGAACCCUCAACGUCUCGGUCAUGUCAUUCACGUACCUGAGGAACUACGAGCCACCAUCAGAGAGAAAAAGCUCGGCCUCGAAUUAUGCCUCAGCUGCAAUGUCCUUACCGGCUUGAGUGAAGGUGGCUUCGCGGCUCAUCAUUUUGGCGAGUGGUGGCGUGCUGGUGUACCUGUUGCGCUGUCUACAGACGAUGUCGGUAUCUUUGAGGCGUCUUUGAGUGGUGAGUAUUUGCUUGCUGCUCGCCACUUUGGUCUUGGUAGAGAGCAGCUUUUGGAGCUGAGCAAGGGUGCGGUGGAUACGAUUUUUGGAGGGCAGGAGGAAAAAGAAAGGAUGUUGGGGUUGAUUGAAGAGUUCUGGCCCCGAGCGUGACUCGAGCGAGUUGUGUGCGUGUUACAUACAUAUGUGGGACAAACUCUACCCACGAAGAGGUCGGAAGUGAAGGCAAUAUCCUUGACCAUUAUUUCGGUAGCAAUCGCUGAGUGUUCACAAAGUGAUCGACUACUCGUUUCAAUGGUUCACUCGACGCCUGGAGCUUUCGUUGGCUUUUGGGACAAUCACUACUUAGAAUCUAUGUCACUCAACAACCAACUUUCACAAUACCGUC